AUGACUUUGAAGGAUUAAAUUAAAUAAAAUGUGUGAUAGGUUAGGACCAAAUUCACAAUUGAGAGAGGAAGAGAAAAUGGGAGACACAGUGGAAGAAGACAAUUACAGAGAGGAUCCUCCCAAUCCUAAUCUAGAAUCAGAAACCGGAACCCUAAUCAUAAAUGACACCUCUUUCAAUAAUAAUAUUCAGAGUGAAUUAUUCAAAGCCAUUGAAGUUGUAGAGCGAGAUUCAUUCGCCAUUGCACAGAGCUUCACUUCUCUCUUCGCUUCUCUCCGCUUAGCCCUCUCUCAUUCCACCGCCACCUCACUUCAUCACAUUCAAUGCUUCACCGACGCCACCGGUCACCUCCAGGAAUCCGUCCUUGAUGCAGCAAAUAAAGGGAAUCGCUAUAUAAAUUCGUGUCUCAAAUUAAAUGAGGAAAUGAAGAGCGUUGAUAAUUUAGCAUCCCAACUAAAAAUCCUGCGAAGGCAUGUUGAUUAUCUGGACUCGGCUGUUAACAAGCUUCUUCAUGUCUCUUGACACCUGGGAUUCAGUCCUCUACAAGGUUUUUUUCUCUAAUCCAUAACAAUCUCCUAAAUGAAGAUAUUGAAAAGUUUAUGUAUCUAUUUGUCAUUUUGUGGAUUGUGCUGGGUUAGUGAUGUAUAAACAGAACAUAUAUUUUCCUUAUUUGGGUGGGUAAUGUAAGGGUAGAGAACCGGUGUAGUUAAAUUAUGCUUUCAAGUUUCAAGUAUCGUGUAAGAUAAAUUGUUUGGUCACUGUUCCUCAAAUUACUGUUAUUGUUACUAGAAAUUCUCCUAGCAGAAUUGGAUAGUAUGGAUCGGUUGAAGUUACACCAACGUUUGAUGCUUUAUUUUGUCCUGGAACAAGUGUCAUGAAUGUAAUGGUUGCAUAAUGGCAUCUUGCUGUAUACAAACCAUUUUUUAACAGUAA